AUGGCGCCCUCCAAUAGAUCACGAAAACGUCGUCCUAGCGGCAGCACCCACAACUCCCGCUCUGUGCAGCAUCGGAGAUCGUCCCAGCCGACACAUAUCCCAUCACGAACACCUUCCAACUCCACACGGCCAUCGGGAUCUCGAAGAUCCUCCAAUGACUCAAUAGCUGGUCCUAGCCGCCGUCGCAGCCUGACCUCCGCCCCGCCGCCCUCUCGAAGUCCAUCUUCGGCCCCGUCUUCUCAUACCUUCCCCGGUGAGGAUCGCAAUGCAGCUGGCUUCGAACAGGCACCAGAAGACCUGGAGUUCGACUCGGAGCACCUCCAUGAAGUCGUUAUGGCGGUAAAUGUCACCGAACGCGGAACAGUGGGUUGUGCGUACUACGUCGCCCGCACCGAAAAGCUGUACUUCAUGGAAGAUGUACAGCUCGGUGGGGUGGACGUUGUGGAUGCCCUCAAACUAUUCAUCGAUCCUACCGUCGUUCUGGUCUCCACGAAGUGUGAUGACGAGCUGUCCAGCCGGCUUGACCCCAGCAAUCUAAACCCAGCGGCAUCUGAUGAUGGUCGAAGUGUUGAUCAGUCCAGGCUGCCGUACUUACUCGAAUAUCGACCGAAUGGAGAUUUUGGCUACGAUUCUGCCCGCGAUAAGCUCGUCAAUCUCCGCAUAGGGCAGCGGGAUGGACCGAAUGUCACGUUUGUCGUGCCGGGGGAUAUCGUGGCCUUCGAAGACGACGAGGCGAAUGCAGAUGCGACUUUCAUUGGAAGACAUGGCCAGUUGCUAAAACUCGCUGGAUGGAUCAAUCUGGAAAGCAGGAUCACUGUCGGUUGUGCGGGUGCUGUGCUUUCAUAUCUCCAACGACGGCGAACUGCUGCGUCUCUGCCCCAUGAUCCAAAUCCGAUCUUCGGAAUCGCGACGGUUGAGAUGUUUAGUCUCAGCGGCUCGAUGCUUGUGACCACAGACACUCUGCUAUCUCUGCAGAUUACGUCUACCGAGACGCAUCCCAACGCACAGAAUCACGGCCCAUCCAAAUCCUCUGCCGGCUCGAAAGAAGGCUUCUCUGUAUAUGGCCUCUUUCAUCCACUUGCCAAGACAUCCCAGGGCCGCUUCCUCCUUCGCCAGUACUUCCUGCGGCCCAGUCUCAACCUGGUAGUCAUCAACGAGCGCCUAGAUACGAUCAGCGUUCUCCUUCGCCCCGAAAACUCCACCAUUCUAGAAGAAAUCACCGAGAAGCUUGCAAAGAUCAAGAACAUGCGUAUCAUCACUGUCAACCUCCGCAAAGGCAUCAGUGCCGGAAAGGGCCGCGGUGCCUCUACAUCCGUCUGGGCUACAAUUCGCGACUUCGUCUACUUCGUCCUACGGAUAGCAGAUCACAUUCACGAGCUGAACGGGGCCGAGUCGCUACCAAUCCGCUCCAAGAUCGCACAAAAGAUCGACAGGCGAAGCAUGGCGGUCGUAGGUCAGCUCAUCAAUGAUGUUGUCGAUUUUGACUCGUCCAAGGAGCAACGCAGGACCAUCGUUCGUCAGGGCGUUGAUCAGCAGCUCGAUGCUGCCAAGCGGACAUAUGAUGGGAUUGAAGACUUGCUGUCACAGGUCACGGAACACAUUGCUAAUCAAGUGCCCGCCGUGUUGAACGCCAACAUCAACGUGAUCUUCUUUCCUCAGAUCGGCUUCUUGAUAGCUUGCAGAGUGGAUGAAGAUACUGGCAGCAGUGUAUUCGACGGCCCGCAAGGCGACCCUUGGCAUCAGACCUUCGCCACCGAGCAAGCAGUCUACUACAAAAACUCCAACAUGCGUGAGAUGGAUGCGCAUUUCGGCGACAUCUGGGGACAGAUCUGCGACAGGGAGAUCGAGCUUACUCAGCAGCUUGGGGAGCGAGUGUUGGAGUAUGAGACCUUACUGAACGAAGUCUCGGACCUCUGCGGUGAACUGGACAGCCUGGUCGCUCUUGCUCGCGGUGCUGCGCAGCACAAACUCGUCCGGCCGCAUGUCACUGAGGAGAACAUUAUCAAGAUCAAGGGCGGCAGACAUCCCUUACAGGUGCUCACGGUGCCGGCUUAUGUUGCAAACGAUACGUACAUUGUCGGCGGAGCGGGAGGUGAUGUUCACGGAGAUAAUCUGAAUGGCCUGUCAUCUCCUCGCGAAGCACUGGUGUCUUCUCAGCCUGCGGACUUUCGAAAUCGAAUAGGUCCCAGCAUGGUGCUCAUGACCGGCCCGAAUUACUCCGGCAAGAGCGUCUACCUCAAACAAGUCGCCAUCAUCGUGUACAUGGCGCACAUCGGCAGUUUCGUCCCUGCCGAGAAGGCCAAAAUCGGCCUCACCGACAAAAUCCUCACCCGCAUCUCCACUCGAGAAAGUGUGUCCCGGAUCCAAAGCGCCUUUAUGAUCGACCUGCAACAAAUCUCCCUCGCCCUCCAACUCUCCACCCACCGCAGCCUCCUCGUCAUCGACGAGUUCGGCAAAGGCACCGAAUCUUCUGACGGAGCCGGUCUAGCCGCCGGCGUCUUCGAACACCUCCUGCAACGCGGCUCACACUGCCCGAAAGUCCUAGGCGCAACACACUUCCACGAGAUUUUCGAAGCGGGCUUCCUGCUUCCCCGCCCUUCGCUCAGCUUCGCGCACAUGGAGGUGAAGAUCGACACGCAGGCGUCGCAGGUCGACGAGCAGAUUACGUAUUUGUACACAUACCGACCGGAGCGCAGCAGUACGAGUUUCGGGACGUGCUGUGCGGCGAUGAAUGGGAUUGAUCGGAAGGUGGUGGAGAAGGCGGAGGAGUUGAUUUUGCUUGCUGCCCGAGGGGAGGAUUUGGUGGAGGCUUGUGCGGAGAUGCCGGAGGGGGAGCUGGAGGAGCUGGAAGAUGCUGAGGCGAUUGCUCGGGAUUUCCUUGCUGCGGAGAUUGGGUCUUGCGAGCCUCGCGGGCUACUUGAUGACUUGCUCACGCUCGCGAGUACUUCGUUGAGCACAUCGUAA